GUCAGGCGCAGAGAGCUGCUGCGGCGCAGCCUGGGAGCUCCCGCUGUUCGCUGGAGAGCCGUCGACCUAGGGGGGAAAAAGAGGCUCUGAAUAAAUCCCAGGGACGUGCCGCUAGCUGGAGACCACCAUGACGGACUCGAAGUACUUCACCACCACGAAGAAAGGGGAGAUAUUUGAGCUGAAAGCCGAACUGAACAGCGACAAGAAGGAGAAGAAGAAGGAGGCAGUGAAGAAGGUGAUAGCGUCCAUGACUGUCGGCAAAGACGUCAGCGCUCUCUUCCCGGACGUGGUGAACUGCAUGCAGACAGACAACCUGGAGCUGAAGAAGCUGGUCUACCUCUACCUGAUGAACUACGCCAAGAGCCAGCCGGACAUGGCCAUCAUGGCAGUCAACACCUUCGUGAAGGACUGCGAGGACCCAAACCCUCUGAUCCGGGCUCUGGCUGUGCGGACCAUGGGUUGCAUCCGCGUGGACAAGAUAACGGAGUAUCUCUGUGAGCCCCUGCGGAAGUGCCUGAAGGACGAGGACCCUUACGUGCGCAAGACGGCAGCCGUCUGUGUGGCGAAGCUCCACGACAUCAACGCGCAGCUGGUGGAGGACCAGGGCUUCCUGGACACCCUUAAAGACCUCAUCUCGGACUCCAACCCCAUGGUAGUGGCCAAUGCAGUAGCGGCGCUCUCGGAAAUAGCGGAGUCCCACCCAAGCAGUAACCUCCUGGAUCUCAACCCCCAGUCCAUCAACAAGCUCCUCACGGCCUUGAACGAGUGCACCGAGUGGGGCCAGAUCUUCAUCCUGGACUGCCUGGCAAACUACAUGCCCAAGGAUGACCGGGAAGCCCAGAGCAUUUGCGAGCGGGUGACGCCCCGGCUGUCCCACGCCAACUCGGCGGUGGUGCUCUCGGCGGUGAAGGUGCUGAUGAAGUUCAUGGAGAUGCUGUCGAAGGACCUGGAUUAUUACGGCACGCUGCUAAAGAAGUUGGCCCCGCCGCUGGUCACCCUGCUCUCUGCAGAGCCCGAGCUGCAGUACGUGGCUCUCCGCAACAUCAACCUCAUCGUGCAGAAAAGGCCCGAGAUCCUGAAGCACGAGAUGAAGGUGUUCUUUGUGAAGUACAACGACCCCAUCUACGUCAAACUGGAGAAGCUGGACAUCAUGAUCCGCCUGGCUUCCCAGGCCAACAUUGCUCAGGUGCUGGCAGAGCUGAAGGAAUACGCCACGGAGGUGGACGUGGACUUCGUAAGGAAGGCGGUUCGAGCCAUCGGCCGCUGUGCCAUCAAGGUGGAGCAAUCGGCCGAGCGCUGUGUCAGCACCCUGCUCGACCUCAUCCAGACCAAAGUCAACUACGUGGUGCAGGAGGCCAUUGUCGUCAUCAAGGACAUCUUCCGCAAGUACCCCAACAAGUACGAGAGCGUGAUCGCCACCCUCUGCGAGAACCUCGACUCCCUGGAUGAGCCCGAGGCCCGGGCUGCCAUGAUCUGGAUCGUGGGAGAGUACGCCGAGCGGAUCGACAACGCCGACGAGCUGCUGGAGAGCUUCCUGGAGGGCUUCCACGAUGAGAGCACCCAGGUUCAGCUGCAGCUGCUGACGGCCAUCGUGAAGCUGUUUCUGAAGAAGCCCACCGAGACGCAGGAGCUGGUGCAGCAGGUCCUGAGCCUGGCCACGCAGGACUCCGACAACCCUGACCUGCGGGACCGGGGCUACAUCUACUGGCGCCUGCUCUCCACCGACCCCGUGGCCGCCAAGGAGGUGGUGCUGGCGGAGAAACCCCUCAUCUCCGAGGAGACGGAUCUGAUCGAGCCGACGCUCCUGGACGAGCUGAUCUGCUACAUCGGGACGCUGGCUUCCGUCUAUCACAAACCUCCCAGCGCCUUCGUGGAGGGGAGCAGAGGGGUCGUGCACAAGAGCUUGCCCCCGCGAACGGGCUCGAGCGAGAGUGCCGAGAGCCCCGACGCAGCUCCCUCGGGGGUGCAGGCGGCGGAGCAGCCGGCCGUCAUCCCCACUCAGGGAGACCUGCUGGGUGACCUGCUGAACCUGGACCUGGGCCCGCCGGUGAGCGGGCCUCCCAUCGCGACCUCCUCCGUGCAGAUGGGCGCCGUGGACCUCCUCGGAGGUGGCUUGGACAGCCUGAUGGGGGACGAGUCGGAAGGGAUGGGCGGCGGCGGCGGCAGCUUCGCACCAGCGCCCAGCACCACGAUGCCGGUGAACCUGGGGGCACCCCUCGGCAGCGGCCUGGGAGACCUCUUCGACCUCACUGGUGGGGUGGGCACCCUGUCAGGAUCCUACGUGGCACCCAAAACGGUCUGGCUCCCUGCCAUGAAGGCCAAGGGGCUGGAGAUCUCCGGCACCUUCAGCCGGCAGGUGGGCUCCAUCUCCAUGGACCUCGUGCUAACAAACAAAGCCCUCCAGGUCAUGUCCGACUUCGCCAUCCAGUUCAACCGCAACAGCUUCGGCCUGGCCCCGGCAGCUCCUCUCCAGGUCCACGCGCCCCUUGCCCCCAACCAGUCCGUGGAGAUCUCCCUUCCGCUGAACACCGUCGGCUCUGUCAUGAAGAUGGACCCCCUGAACAACCUCCAGGUCGCGGUGAAAAACAACAUUGACGUCUUCUACUUCAGCACGUACCCGCUGCACAUCCUCUUUGUGGAGGACGGGAAGAUGGAGCGGCAGAUGUUCCUGGCCACUUGGAAGGACAUUCCCAACGAGAACGAGGCCCAGUUCCAGAUCAAAGACUGUUCUCUCAACGCAGAUGCCGUUAGCAGCAAGCUCCAAGGCAGCAACAUCUUCACCAUCGCCAAGAGGAACGUGGAGGGCCAGGACAUGCUCUACCAGUCCCUGAAGCUCACCAACGGCAUCUGGGUGCUGGCAGAGCUCAGGAUCCAACCCAGCAAUCCCAGCUUUACGUUGUCCCUCAAAUGCCGAGCGCCGGAGGUGUCCCAGUACGUCUACCAAGCCUACGAAACCAUCCUGAAGAACUAAGGUGCUGCUGCAGCCCCUUCUCUUCCUCUCCUCCCUUUCCCGCCCGAGGAAGCGGGGCAGGACCCGUGUGCAUGUCUUCUUUCCUUCCUGCCAAGGAGCCAGCCCCUGGGAAUCUCCCUCCAGCCCCGGGGCCCUGCAAACAGAACCAGUGCUCCCAUCUCCGGCGGGACUGGGGCGAGCGGAGGAGGGCAGGGGCGUCCCGGCCAGUCCCUACAUCCCUGUAGAAAUCUGUGUGUGAGUGAUGCAGUGUCCUCCUUGCUGAUGUUGCCCCGUCAAGAGCCCUGUUUCACCUUCUGGGUCCCUGUGACUGCUUUUUUUUUUUAACCGAGCCGCCGCACGUGGGGGGCUGCUCUCCUCCCCUGCAGAAAUCCACCUCCCCGCUGGCGCUGGGUUUCGUGUCUGCCCGGGGUGGUGUCUGGUGAAGGGCUCAGCACUCCUCAGCCCUAGGAAGAGCACCCCGGGGCUCGCUCUGAGUCUUUUUGGUGCACGUUGGGGCCCAAAGUGCCGUGGGGUUGGGUGGCUCUUGCUGCAGAUCCCCUUGGUGCACCAGGGAGGAGGUGGGAAAAGGCUUUGGCUUCUUCCUUCCCCUGCGGCAGCUCCUGCCUCUCCCCGGUUUCAUCCCCUGGUUCAGGAGAGCUGUGGGUGAGCCCCCAGCCCUUUGAAGAAGGGUCUCUUCCCCAUGGGAGCUGUUCCCAAAGGUCCCAGAAGGGCUCGAGGAGCUCAAAUUAGAGG